AGACGUUUAACUACGAGAAAGCGCAAUCCUUUGACAGAAUUAGAAGCAUGUGGUAUAGAUCCAGAUAUUGAAGAUUUUUUGCAACAUGAAAUUAUAGUUUAUAAUAGGAAAAAAGAACGUCAACGUCGAAACAUGGUUAACCAAGAAAUACAAAUUUCAGAUACCAACACCCAUACAUGCGAUUAUGAGGAUGAGAUCAAUCGUCGCGUUAAGAAAGAGUUAGAUAAUUUUUCUCAAUAA